CCGCGAUAGAUACAGCGCCGUCGCAGCGAUCGCAUUCCGCAGUGCACACUGCCCGCGACGACCUGAGGCAACCCUCCCCCCCUUGUGUAUCAGAUCGAUUGCAGAAGUACGUUGAAGCCCACGUGCCAGUUGGCACCCAAACCCACCUCUCCAGGUUACACGACGGCGGUGCCCGACCAAGAGAACGUUGCCGAAUCGGGCGUUCCGACCACAUGAAAAUGCGCCAAAAAAGAUUUUUUUCUCUGAAAGGCGCGGCCCAUUUCAACAUCCGGUGACAAGUGCGAAAAUGGCAUCGUCGGUGACGCCGCUGAAAGCGCUGCUCUGGGACAUGGACGGCGUCCUCGCCGAAGUGUCGCGGUCGUAUCGAGCAGCCAUCGUGUCGACGGCGGCAAGGUUUGGCGUCACGGUGACCCACGUCGACAUUGACGACGCCAAACUGGCAGGCAACGCCAAUAACGAUUGGGUGCUGACCCACCGCUUGAUCACGUCCAAGUCGGUCGAGGUCACCCUCGAGCAAGUCACAGUUGCAUUUGAAGAGAUCUACCAAGGCACGGACGGGACGCCAGGUCUGUACCGCCUCGAAACGCUGCUCCCGUCCAAGGGGCUCUUGGAAGAGCUGCAUCGUCGACUUCCAAAUGGAAUGGCGGUGGUCACGGGGCGUCCCAAGAAGGAUUGCAUCAAAUUUCUCAAGGAUUUCGAACUCGAAGACUUGUUUCCAACCAUGAUCUGCAUGGAAGAUGCCCCUCCGAAACCGUCUCCUGCCCCGAUCGUCCUCGCGUUGAAGGCGCUGGGCGUCGCACCCAGCGAAGCUGCCAUGCUCGGCGACACUGUCGACGACAUUGUCGCUGCCGCACAGGCGCACGUUGCUGCGAUUGGCGUGCUGACUCCUCAAGUCUAUGCCAAGAGCAUCCUGGAGAACGCGGAGCCGUCCAUUACGCCGAAAUUAAUAGCCUCCGGGGCCACACGGGUGCUGCGCCCCGGCUGCGACGAGCUUCUCGACAUCGUCCGCCCACCAAACACGGCAGUCGUCACCGACACUGCGCACUUCUUCACCGGUGCCCGCGUGAGCUGCGUCACUCGGAAGACCAAAGAAACAUCGAUUCAAGUCCAGCUCAACUUGGACGGGUCUGGGCAGUGUGAGGUGAACACCGGGAUCGGGUUUUUGGACCACAUGCUGGACGCAGUCGCGAAACACGCGCGAUUCAACCUCGUCCUUGUGUGCAAGGGCGACACUUGGAUCGAUGAUCACCACACGGUCGAGGACUGCGGGCUCGCGUUCGGGGAGGCUUUUGACAAGGCGCUCGGAAAACGCCAAGGAAUCGCGCGGUUCGGGUCGGCGCUCGUGCCUCUGGACGAAGCUCUUGCCCAGGUCGUUGUCGACAUCUCGAGCCGCGCGUCGAGCUGGAUCGAGCUCAAGUUGGUGCGCCCAAACAUUGGAACCCUGUCGACCGAGAUGAUUCCGCACUUUUUUGUGUCGUUUGCGAGCAGCGCGCGGCUGACGUUGCAUGCGGACGUGCUCAAGGGGUCGAAUGACCACCACAAGAGCGAGGCGGCGUUCAAGGCGUUUGCCCGCGCGCUGCGCCAGGCCGUCGCCGUGGAUGCGACCGCUGGAGUCCCGAGCACCAAGGGUCUCCUCGUUUAGGAGUACUACGACAGCACAUCGAAUGACCACCACGCGAUGUUGCUGCUUAGAGAUGAUGAAAGAGUUAAAGAUCUUGACUGGCAUGUCCGCGCUGCCCGAG